UUUAAAAUAUUAUUUUGAAAAUGUGUAUUUUGGGAUUCUUUCCCAAAAUCCAUCAACAGUGAGAUUUUACCCGGUUUUACCCGGUUUCACCCGAAUUUUAUCGGGUGGAUACCAUGACUGUGCCUUCACAGUUCCCUCCAUCAUGGCAUCAUCCUUAUCUAGCUCUCAGCCCGCACAACGGGCCAGUCCAUUCCCACGAAUAGCAGUUCUCGCAAUUCACCAACAAUCAACCAGUAAAGCUUCAGUCUUUUGAUCGGAAAGCACAAACUCAGCAUCAUGGUUUCCGCAAUCUUCACUUCUCUAGCUCAGUCUUCUAUGCACUGUCUCUCUUCUUCUUCUUCCAAGUUAUCAUCUUCACUGAGAACUCCAGUCGGAAUCCCGAAGUUGGUAGCUCCAGGAAGGUUAAUUCGUAUUUCUAGCCGAGGAUUGCGCCCGGUUUGCUUCUUCAAUUCUGGAGAAGAGAAGUCGAAGACCAAACUUGAGCCUCAGGAGAGUGGAUUGGAUUGGCCAGCUUUGAAGAGAUGGGACGUGCCGUGGGAGUGGCCGACUGUUUCGUUAACAUCACUUGCCUGUGGAAUUAGUUUUAUUUUGACAGGGUUGGUGGAGGUUCAGACUUUGCCAUUUCUGGGAAUUAAAUAUGAACAGUUGAGUUUAGAUGAGAAGGCUGAGUUGUUGUUUGUGGAUCAAAGUCUCACAACAGCAGUUGUAAUUGGAGUUAUGUAUAGUAUUACCAAGAGCUUUGGACCGCUUCCUGAAGAUAUCUAUCGCUAUGAUUUCAAGGAACCCUUCGACCUGCGACGAGGCUGGUUGUUGUGGGCUGGGAUAGGUCUUGGGAGUGCUGUGGUUGCCAUUGCAUUGACAGGAUUUGUUGUCUCCACUUUUAAUGGCGAGACUCAAGAACGUGAGGCUGAUGCUCUUGUUCGGCUUCUUCCACUAAUCGGAUCUUCAGGCAUCAGCACUGGUUUACUGCUAGUAAUCACUGGUGUCCUUGCUCCAAUUUUGGAGGAGAACGUCUUUCGAGGAUUUUUCAUGGUCGCUCUUACAAAGUGGGUUCCAACACCAAUAGCUGUAGUGAUCAGUGCUGCAGUUUUCGCUCUAGCACAUCUAACUCCAGGAGAGUUUCCCCAACUGUUUGCGUUAGGAACUCUGCUUGGAUUUUCAUAUGCUCAAACCCGAAACCUUCUUACUCCAAUUACAAUUCAUGCUUGCUGGGACUCUGGGGUGAUCUUGAUUCUCACCUUGCUCCAGCUCCAAGGAUAUGAUAUCAAAGAAAUAUUGCAAGUAACCCAAUAAGGAUCAGGGCUCUUUCAUAUCCCCUCACCGAGGCUGCUUCUGCUAGAACUUUACUUCCUCUGCGGUUAUGCAUAUGGUUUAGAUGCAUCAUUAAGAUAAUGGGAGAUUUGUAUGAUUGGGGGUUUAGUUUAUAGAUUUCGGCUCGAAAUAAAUCACAUUUCUUUAUGGUCUAGGGCCAAAGUUCAGAUAGUUGUAUAUGGUACGUUCAUGUCGCUACACUCAGUAGCAUUCAUAAUUGUUUUGGCGUUGGGGUGAUGAAUGAACAUGUAGUAGUUGCAGCUUGUAUUGUGUUUGUGUUUGUGUCUUGUAAAAUUAGUACCGCGAAAUCCUUCAACAUGACUAUCCUUCGACUGAAGUGAGACAUGACAGGAGAUCCUUAAAUUUUGUGUAUAGCCAGGCAGGCUUCCUGCGACCCAAAGGUUAAGUUGACCCCAGUAAGUAUCAAUCACAGGGGUCGGUUAGCAUGCUAACCCCCCUAGGGGUUGGAAAAAUGACACCCCUCCUAGUAUAUUAAAUACAACUAUAGAAUUUAAUACACACAUUAAAUACACAUUAGAAAUUAAAUGUACCAUAUUAAUUAGGAAUUCUCUCACUAUUAAAUACACAUUAGGAAUUAAAUACACACAUUAAAUACACAUUAGGAAUUCUCUCACUAUAUUUGAUUUUUCUUUUUUAGCAGUCUCCGACCACCAGACUUCCUCCGACCGCCACACUUCUCCGGUGAAAAUCCCAUCGGCAGACUCCCUCCGACCACCUCCAAAAAAAUACCACUGCACUGAUACGGUGUACCACUGUACUGGUAGAUAUACCACUGUACUGGUAGAUAUACCACUGCACUGAUACGUUGUACCACUGUACUGGUAGCGAUAUCAGUGCACUGGUAGCAAUGUCAUAUCUGAGUAUCAGUGCAGUGGUACAAAUACCAGUAAAGUGGUAAUUAAUGU